AUGUCCAGGUUACGACUUCGAGAUCUCCACAAGAGGAUGCUUGAGCUCAAGUUGAAAAGAAUAAAGGAAAAUAUGAAGGACGAGGAUGAAGAAAUGCCGGAAAUUAAACCCUACUCGAAAACGGUUCACGAGGAGAGAGAACGCAGCAGAAGUAGAAGCCUUUCGCCGGGCACGUCGGCGCAUGAAAAAUGGAAUCGACCAAAGGUGAACCUUGGCUCACUUGAGGAUCCAGAUCUUGAUGAGCAAGAGAAAGAGGCCAAAUGGAAACAACUUCUUCCUGAUGAGCUCGAAGAGGCAACGGUAGAGCUUUACGAGCGAGGUGGCUAUUCUCCGACGUAUGGAGAUCCUGAUGAUGCUAUGCCUGGAAUUGAGGUUUUGAAUGAGGACGAUGAUAAAGCAAAGCUUAUUUCUCGCCGUGAAUCACAGCGCAAGAAGCCGGAAGGAAUGAGUGAAUCAGAAUCGGAGAUGAUGGCAAUGGCCAGAAAGGGAAUGGAUAAAGACGAAGGAACGUUUAGUGUUGAAGUGCCGAUCGAAGCUCAAAAACAUCUCUGGUCCGACAAGUAUCGACCAAGAAAGCCAAGAUACUUGAAUCGAGUACAAACGGGCUUUGAGUGGAAUAAGUACAAUCAGACUCACUACGAUAUGGACAAUCCGCCACCAAAAGUCGUUCAAGGAUACAAAUUCAAUGUUUUCUAUCCGGAUUUGUUGGAUAUUACGCAGACGCCCUCCUUCAAGAUCUUUUUGGAUCCAAAUGAUAACGAUUUCGCGACGAUCCGUUUUCAUACUGGCCCACCAUAUGAAGACAUUGCCUUUAAGAUUGUGAACAGAGAAUGGGAUCUCCUCCACAAGAACGGAUACAAGUGUCAAUUUCAACAGGGCGUAUUUCAACUGUGGUUCAUGUUCAAGAAAUACCGUUAUCGUCGU